UCCGUGCGCUCGCAGCUCCUCGCCGUCGGCGGCCUGGGCGACACGGUGCUCGGGAGGAUGGACAAGGCCUGCAAGAUGAGAUACAAGACGAUGGACAGCCCUUUGGGGAAGAUCGAGAUCUCCGGCUGUGCGCAGGGUCUGCAUGAGAUAAGGCUGCACGACAGGAAGACCCCGGACCCCGGACCCGCAGAGGCCCCCGCUCCUCCCGAGCUGCUCGGCUGUCCAGAGGAAAUGACGGAGCCACUGGUGCAGUGCGUGGCCUGGCUGGAUGCCUAUUUCCGUGAGCCCUCGGUCCUCCCGGGCCUCCCCUUGCCCGCGAUUCACCAUCCCAUUUUCCAGCGAGGUUCGUUCACCGCGCGGGUGUUGCGGAAGCUGCUGGAGCUUGUGAAGUUUGGAGACACGGUUUCCUACCAGCAGUUAGCAGCCCUGGCAGGCAACCCGAAAGCCGCGCGGGCCGUGGGCGGAGCGAUGAGGAGCAAUCCUGUGCCCAUCCUCAUCCCGUGCCACAGAGUGGUCUGCAGCAGCGGAGCCAUGGGCAACUACACCGGAGGACUCGCCACGAAGGAGUGGCUGCUAGCCCACGAAGGCCGCCUGGCAGGGAAGCCCACCUAUCCAGGGGGCUCCUAUCUGGCCGGAACCCGACGCGGGGCGCUGGGUGGCACCCCCAGCCCCCAUCCUGCUGGCCGGGACGGAUGCGUGAGGGAGUAAACAUCUGAGUGACUGUGAAGGUACCAGCACGCUGGAAGGGGUACGCGGUGGCCCUGCUCUAUUAAAGGUGCUGGAUGUGUCCUG